AUGAGUUCAUCAUUGACUCCUAAUAAGAUUCAUUCUCUUCCUGUUCGCGUGUCAUAUUAUCUUCCAACAACAUCUCAAAUCUUUUCAACACUCUUCUCAAUCCCUCAACAGGUUUACGUACAUCCACCUGCAGCAACGGGUACCUCGACAAAACUUGGCGAAGAUGAAGCGUGGGGCUCUAUAUAUCUUAAAACUGUAGUCACGGGUGUAUUGAUGGCAAGUCCCGAACUGCAUCCAUCAUAUCCAUGUACACCAGACCUAUCACUCUACGUACUCGAUCCAAGAGAGACGUAUCUUCGUCGUUCUAGAACAGGUUCAUCACCUUACAUCGCCCAAAGACGUAAUCAGAAUGUAUCAUCUCCAUUAUCUGAACACCCUUCAUCUGAUAACUUACCUUAUGGUAUCUCACAACCACCUACAGUACAAGAGGUAUGGACCGGAAAAGGUCUUGUCUCUUGGGCACUGGAAGAACCCGGACAAGGUAAAAACUUGAUCACAGGAAGAUUGAUACGUUCGAGUGACUUUGCAACAGUGUCGAAAUCACAAGGAUUAGAUCCACUUGAAGCACUCAUGAUGGCAGAUAUGAAUAUGUCUGAUUCAACCGAUCAUGAACAGGAAAAUUGGGGAAUUGAAAUUUCAGUAGGAUUGAAAUCUGGUGUUAAUGGUUCAGUUGGUUUACAUAAUCAAAUUCCAGGUGUAAUGGCAACGGAUCCUAGACCAGACGCUUUAAGAAGAUCUUCCACAAGUUCCUCAAUAGGAACAAACGUCCCAUUACCUCUCAUUGCAAACACAAACACGAACGCACAUGCAACAGCAUCAUCAAGUCAAUUUCAAAGACCUCAUCUACCUCUACCCAAAAGACAUGAACAACCUCGUCGACCUCAACUUCCUACUCCUUCCUCUUCCUCCUCUGCUCAUCAACCGCUCGCACCUACACGGGUCGUCAGCUUAAUUAAGAGUACACCUGUCCGACCUUCUGAAGUCAAACCACCUCGCUCAUCAGGCUCGAAUGCGGCAGGAAAGAAACGGAAAUCUCACACACCCGCUGCUCGAAAUUCUUUGACUCAAAUCGACGCCAACUCGGAUCCUCUCAAACGAAAAAGUACCGCUAUGGCUCAAGCACCUCCACCUGUCAGCAAGAGGCAUUCUGGUCCCCCUUCAGAAUCAGCGGAACCUUUCCCCACAGAUAUACCAGCAGGACUUUUCGCCAAACCCGAGUCCCUAACGAGAGAACAAGCUCAACGCUUAUUGGCUUCUCCUGCUUUCCUAAGUAUGUUGGAAAAACUUACUGGAGCCCCGAUAGACGUUGCCGCAGCUGCUAAACGUGCGAGAGAAGGCGAUGACGAAGAAGGAUCUAACGGCAAAAAGCCAAAACAUCUCCAUGGGCACGCGAGGAAAGGAUCAACCGACGCUUCUGGAGAACCCGCACAUAACGCAUUCGUAUGCUGGAACUGUGGAAGGUCGAAAUCUGCCGUUUGGAGGACGAAAGUCAUGGAAGAUGGUAAAUCAGUCAGAGUGUGUAAUGCUUGUGGUCUAUACUGGAACAAAAUGGGAUCUAUGCGACCACCUACUUUAUGGGGCGACGUUGACGAUGAUCCUAAAGAUCGACCUCGAAAAGACAAAAAAGUCUCUGCUUCCGCUGCUGCUCGCCAAUCUUCUCAACCACCUGUCUCAGAACCUGACAUACCUGCACUACGUAUUGAUAAGCCAUCUGCUCGAUCAUCGGAUAACGGAUUCAAAAGAACCUUAUCUUCUGUCGUCGAACAAGAUGCCAAGCGAAUCGCAGCACUUAACAUCCAUCCCAGACGACCUUUACCCAAAUCAAACUUGAACCAAACAAGUAAGCCAAUCCCUGUGUCCUCACCUCCCAGAGGUUCGACUUCCGCUACAAAAUCGCUACGUGACGGAAAGCGGAACGAUGUGACCGCUUCAUCACCUGGAGCUCCCAGAUGGUCAGAGUCACAUUCAAACAACGUUCUUCCCAGAUCAGAUAACUUCCAUACGGAUCCAGUUGAACCUCCGGCUACAACGUCAAGCAAAGCGUAUGAAUCUGUCGUUUCUCACUCGGAGAAUAACACGCAAAGUCUGGAUAUGCCUCUAAGCGAUGAUGGUGAUGGAAAUACUCAUUCUGUUGAACACAAACCACUGGAGUGGGGAAGAGAUCUUUCAGCAUUUUUCGAUGUUGAAGGGUUCUCGAUGCCCCCUCCCCAACAAAACAACAAUAUUCAACCUUUAGACGGUGCAAGGACAUAUGGAAUCUCACCCAACGAAGGACCAACGGAUUUCCAUCGAUCGUUAUCUGCUGAAACCAGAAAAUUACGAAAACAAGCAUCAAGUCAUUCUUCCUCUGGUUCAGGGUUUAACGGUCACGUAGGAACUGAUCAGUCGACAGAAGAAGAUGAUGUACUAUCUCAAUUGUUCAAUCGAACAUCAUCGGUUGGACCAAUCGAAUCAUCUCCUCAUCCGUUUGAUUUUUCUGCCUUACCACCUUCUUCACCUCCGAUCCCAUCUUCUUCAUCCGAAUUACCUCAUUCUGCGUUAUUGCUAAGCAGUCCGGAUAAUUCACCUAUUGGGUUCUCACCAUUAGAACAGAAUCAAAAAACUACUCCUGGUAAAUCGAGGUUGAGGCAUUCUAUUUCUGCAAAUAACAACGAGAAUUAUCCACCUUCCCAACAUCAUCAUUAUGGUCAUCAUCACCAGAUUCAACAUCAAAAGCAAUUUAACCAACAAAUGUUGGGUGAUUCGGGACCACUUGAUAUUGGAGAUAUACAACGAAUGUUGAGUAAUAUAGGCAGUCAUCAACAAGAUCAAAAACCAAGGAUAACAUCACCUGAUCACAAUCAACCAAACCAAGAUCAAGGUUACGAUAUGAUACAUGAUUUCUUUGGUAAAUUAGGAGAUCAAAACCCAAAUCAAAAUCACGAGCAACAUCACGCUACGAGCAGCGUAGGUCAAGCUGAUGAAUUGAUUGGCGGUCAAAAUAUCAAUUUGAAUCAUGAUGAUAUUUUCGCAAUGUUGGAAGGUAUGGGAGGGACGCCUUUCCAAGUUUAG